AUGGCAACAGUGACUGCUUCUAGUAACAUAGUAUCCCGAACCUCUCAUGUCAAUGUACCAACUGUUUCAUGUGAGUCUAAAAUGGGACCAACGAGACUUGGUUCUAUAAGGAAAGCCAAUACUCACAAUGGACUCAGAGUUUUGAACUCGUUGGAUGAGAUACUAAAUAGGACGCCGAUUAAAAUGAAGGGAGUGCAAUCGAGGAAGAAGGGUGUUCAGAGAAAGAAUGUUAGGCCUAAAGGUAUUGUAGUUUGUGGCAUGAAUUUGAUCUUUGUUGGAACUGAGGUUGCUCCGUGGAGUAAAACCGGUGGUUUAGGCGAUGUUCUUGGAGGUCUUCCACCAGCAUUAGCUGCUAAUGGGCACAGAGUUAUGACAGUCACUCCGCGUUAUGACCAAUACAAAGAUGCAUGGGAUACAAGUGUAACAAUCGAGGUAAAAGUAGGAGAUAGAACAGAAAAAGUCCGCUUCUUCCAUUGCUUUAAACGAGGAGUUGAUCGCGUCUUUGUAGAUCACCCUAUAUUUCUUGAAAAGGUUUGGGGGAAAACUGGAACAAAACUUUACGGCCCUGCUGCUGGAGACGAUUACCAAGACAAUCAACUUCGUUUUAGCAUCUUCUGUCAGGCAGCUCUGGAAGCAGCAAGAGUUCUGAAUCUUAAGAGCAAUAAGUAUUUCUCAGGACCAUAUGGUGAAGAUGUCAUUUUCGUCGCUAAUGAUUGGCACACUGCCCUUAUCUCAUGCUACAUGAAAUCCAUGUACCAAUCAAUUGGCAUCUUUAGGAACGCCAAAGUUGUUUUUUGUAUCCACAACAUUGCUUACCAAGGAAGAUUUGCAUUCGCCGACUAUUCGCUUCUCAAUCUCCCUGACCAAUUUAAGAGCUCCUUUGACUUCCUUGACGGGCAUGCUAAACCAGUUGUUGGAAGAAAAAUCAAUUGGAUGAAAGCAGGAAUUAUAGAAUCUCAUCAAGUUUUAACUGUUAGUCCAUACUAUGCACAAGAACUAGUGUCAGGCCCAGAUAAAGGAGUUGAAUUGGACAACAUUCUUCGCCGAGUUGGUGUUACUGGAAUCGUAAAUGGCAUGGAUGUUCAAGAGUGGAAUCCGUCCACCGACAAAUAUAUAAGUAUCAAAUACGAUGCCUCAACGGUAUUGGAAGGAAAAGCUCUUCUGAAAGAAGAACUGCAAGCAGAAGUUGGAUUGCCGGUUGACAGAAAUAUUCCUCUCAUUGCUUUCAUUGGUAGGCUUGAAGAGCAAAAAGGUUCUGAUAUUCUUGUAGAAGCCAUUCCCCAAUUUAUUAAGGAGAAUGUUCAAAUAGUAGCACUAGGAACGGGAAAAAAAGAAAUGGAAAAGCAACUUCAGCAACUUGAAAUAUCAUACCCUGACAAGGCCAGAGGAGUUGCGAAAUUCAAUGUACCCCUAGCUCAUAUGAUGAUUGCAGGAGCUGAUUUUAUCUUGAUUCCAAGUAGAUUUGAGCCUUGUGGUCUUAUUCAGUUACAAGCUAUGCGCUACGGAACUGUACCUAUUGUUUCCUCGACGGGUGGAUUAGUGGACACAGUCAAAGAAGGGUUUACUGGAUUUCAGAUGGGUUCAUUCAAUGUUGAAUGUGAUGCUGUGGAUCCUGUUGAUGUGGAUGCUAUAGCAAAGACUGUCACAAAGGCCCUUGGAGUCUACGGAACUUCAGCUUUUGCAGAAAUGAUCAAGAAUGGCAUGGCUCAAGAUCUUUCAUGGAAGGGGCCUGCUAAGAAGUGGGAGGAAGUGCUGCUAAAUUUGGGAGUUCCUGACAGUGAACCUGGAAUUGAUGGAGAAGAAAUUGCUCCACAGGCAAAGGAAAAUGUGGCAACUCCAUGA